UUGGUUGAAUGGCAGUACAAAGACCACCAGCGCCCCGCAGAGAGGGCGAUGUGCGCGCUGCCCGGGUGCGAACGGGUAGGAAACCCGCGGGGGUCCCACGCUGCAGUUGGCGAGCAUGUUUGAAGGUGCUUCUUCGAACCCCGAGCUCUGCCUGCUACUGAGCGGUUCCCGCGGACGGGUGGGAAUUACGCGUUUUUUACAAUCCAGUGCUGCCGACGGGGGGGAUCAUGAUCUGCGAUGAUGAUGAUGAUGAAUGAUGCUCGACGUGCGUGAAAAAAAUCACGACAAGGAGCAGCUCGUGCUCCGCGGUGGGGUCGUGGCCGCGCCGUGAUCAUUAGGGUCAGGAGCAUGAUCCCGUCCUCCGGUGGCUUUGCGCCGGUCUUCGGUUCGAGUCCCGCCUGCACGGGAUCAUCAGUGGAGGAAGGCGCGUGAAGUCCCGCAGCGCGAGGACAGCGUGAGCGCCCACGACGACGAGGAGCGAGACUUCGGAGCUCUGCACGGCAGGGAACAGAGGUUGGACCUGGCUUUAAAUGGCCAUGGGCUCGUCGCGGCUCCCCCGACCCCCCGCGGUGGCGCUCAUCCUUCCGGCCGAGAGACGGCGGGACCCAUCCGUGCUUCGGGCUCCGUUUGACCUCCGCGCGAGAGAGGAGGGAUGUUGAUGACAUAAAAAAAAAAAAGAAAAAACACUGGCAGGAGUCGGUCGCUUUAUAUAGCAGGCUCGUGGGCUCGUCACGCGGCUCGUGUCGGUGGGAGUGGGGACUCGGAGAGGCCUCUUCCAGCGAUCACUUUUUAAACGGCUCGCAAACGCAGAGUGGAGUGUGCCCACGCGCCGUGGAUUCUGUCCGCGUGACACAGCGGAGUUGCGGUGUAAUGCGGUGUUACAGAGUGGUACCGUGUUUCACCUCGUGGGACGGAGAGAAACAGUGUUACAGUGAUGAAGGUUCUGUGACACGGUGUGUUACACUGUGUUAGUGUCACGGAGGGAGACUGUUUGAUACAUCGAGUGUUACGCCGGUGUCUUUCAGUUUGUUACAGGGUGAUACUACCGGGUGGAGAGCCCCCCCCCCCACACACACACACACACACACUGUGGGUCACUGAAGAUCAGAUGUGACACUUUCACUUGUCACCUGUCUGUCACAUCGGAGUCACUGUCUCUCUCUCACACACUCUCACACACACUUCACACGUCUUGACUGUUUAAGGGAAGAAACACAGACGCUAUUAGUGGGGAUGUCUGGCAUGUUUGCCGUUGAAGUCGCGCACGGGGGCGACACACGUGUCCCACAUGAGGGCUCCGCGCGUCUCUGCGAGUAACGGGACGGAGAUCUCUCUGCAGGACAGGAGUCUCUCUAGACGACGGGGGUCCUCUUUUGACAGACGUUUGACGAACAAGACAUUUUGUUCUUUUUUUCCUGCUCCGAGGGGGUGCCGAUCCCGCGCAAGGCCAUGUCCCGGUCCAACAGCGUGAGCCCCCCGGGCCUCGGGGGUCCCGGUCUAAGGGGGGGGACGGAGCACAGGUCGGCGUGGGGGGAGUCGGACCCUACAGCCAACGGGUAUCCGUACCCUGGCAGGCCGAGCAGAAAGCUGGGCCGGUCCGGCACCAGGUGGGGGGAGGAGGAGGAGGAGGAGGCGGAGCGAGCGCCUGGUCGGACCCCCACCGCAGGCAGCGGGCUCAGUUUCCGGUCCAAAUCUGCCUGGCAGGACUGUGGGGGGGAGACGUCCCCGAAGCGCGCCGACGGGGAGGUGAGACCCAGGUCGGUGGAGGUGGGUCUGGAGGACAGAAGGAGGAGCAGGAGGAGGAGGGGGUCGGCGCCCGACGUGGAGCCCGCGGCACAAGUGCACUUCUCCCUGAGCGAGUGCUGCGGCGGCAUCAUGCACAUCUUCAGGUCCAAGAAGUUCCAGUCGGAGAAGUUGGAGAGGCUCUACCAGAGAUACUUCUUCCGGCUGAACCAGAGCAGCCUGACCAUGCUCAUGGCCGUGCUCGUGCUCGUCUGCGCCGUCAUGCUGGGGUUCCACUGCGCCGGCGGCGUCUGCAGGGUGCCUUACGUGGCGGUCUUCUCCUUGGCCGUCGUGAUCAUCCUGGUCCUGAUGAUCGUGUGCAACAGGAACGGCUUCCACCAGGACCACAUGUGGAUCGUGUGCUACGUGGUCAUCCUGGUGGUCCUGGCGGUGCAGGUGAUGGGGGUGCUGCUGGUGGAGCCGCGCAGCGCGUCCGAGGGCAUAUGGUGGACCGUGUUCUUCGUCCACAUCAUCUACACGCUGCUCCCGGUGAGGAUGAGAGCCGCGGUCAUCACGGGGGUGCUGCUGUCCGCCAUCCACGUGGUGGUCUCCUGGAGGAUAAACCAGAAGGACGUGUUCUUGUGGAAGCAGCUCGUGUCCAAUGUGCUGAUCUUCUGCUGCACCAACAUCGUGGGCGUGUGCACCCACUACCCGGCCGAGGGCUCCCAGCGCCAGGCCUUCCAGGAGACCCGCGAGUGCAUCCAGGCCCGGCUCCACUCUCAGAGGGAGAACCAGCAGCAGGAACGCCUCUUGCUCUCCGUGCUUCCCCGCCACGUCGCCAUGGAGAUGAAAGCCGACAUAAAUGCCAAGCAGGAAGAUAUGAUGUUUCACAAAAUAUACAUCCAGAAACAUGACAACGUGAGCAUUCUCUUCGCUGACAUCGAAGGCUUUACCAGCCUGGCCUCGCAGUGCACGGCCCAGGAACUCGUCAUGACGCUCAACGAGCUGUUCGCGCGUUUCGACAAGCUGGCUGCGGAGAACCACUGCCUGCGCAUCAAGAUCCUGGGCGACUGCUACUACUGCGUGUCGGGGCUGCCGGAGGCGCGGGCUGACCACGCCCACUGCUGCGUGGAAAUGGGCGUCGACAUGAUCGAGGCCAUCUCGCUGGUGCGAGAGGUCACGGGGGUCAACGUGAACAUGCGGGUGGGCAUCCACAGCGGGCGCGUGCACUGCGGCGUACUGGGACUGCGCAAGUGGCAGUUCGACGUCUGGUCCAACGACGUGACGCUGGCCAAUCACAUGGAGGCGGGGGGAAAGGCGGGCCGUAUCCACAUCACCAAGGCAACGUUGAACUACCUGAACGGCGACUACGACGUGGAGCCCGGCUUCGGCGAGGAGAGGAACGUCUACCUGAAGAAGCACAACAUCGAGACAUUCCUCAUCGUGGGAUGCAGCCAGAAGAGGAAAGAGGAGAAGGCCAUGAUAGCCAGGAUGAACCGGCAGCGCACCAACUCGGUGAGCCACACCGCGUCGCACUGGUGCUCCGAGCGACCCUUCUACAACCACCUGGGCACCAACCAGGUCUCCAAGGAGAUGAAGAGGAUGGGCUUUGAGGACCCCAAGGACAAACAUUUCAUUUUCAGAAACACCCAGGAGACCCUGAACCCCGAGGACGAGGUGGACGAGUUCCUGGGCCGGGCCAUCGACGCCAGGAGCAUCGACAGGCUGCGCUCGGAGCACGUCAAGAAGUUCCUGCUGACGUUCCGUGAGCCGGACCUGGAGAAGAAGUACUCCAAGCAGGUGGACUCGAGGUUCGGGGCCUACGUGGCCUGUGCUUCGCUCGUCUUCCUCUUCAUCUGCUUCAUUCAGAUCAUCAUCGUACCGCACUCCGCGCUCAUGGCUGGUUUCUACGUGAGCUGCCUGCUGCUCCUACUGGCCGUCAUGUUCGUCUCGGCCGUCUACUCCUGCUUUGGGUUUUUUCCACUCCCACUUCAAACCCUCUCCAAGAAGAUCGUUCAGUCCAGGGUGAACAGCACGCUGGUGGGCGUCUUCACCAUCGUCCUGGUCUUUCUGUCCGCCUUCGUCAACGUGUUCACCUGCAGCACCGCGAACCUGCAGGACUGCCUUGCCCGGGAGCUGAACGUGAGCCGGCGGAGCGUGGACGCCUGCGUCGUGCGCAACUUGAGCCUCAACUACUCGCUGUGCACGCAGGAGGGCUUCUGCAGGAGCGGGGCGCCCAACUGCAACUUCCCCGAGUACUUCUCCUCCUGCGUGCUCCUCAGCCUGCUGGCCUGCUCCGUCUUCCUGCAGAUCAGCAGCAUCGGCAAGCUCUUCCUCAUGCUCUUCAUCGAGCUCGUCUACGUGCUCGUCCUGGAGGUGCCCGCCGUCAGCCUCUUCGACAACGUGGACCUGCUGGUGACCGCCAACGCCAUGGAGCUUGACAACGGAACAUGCAGCUCUGUAGUCGAAUCCAAGGUGCCGCUGAAGAUCGUGACCCCGGUGGUCAUCACCGUCUUUGUCCUGGCGCUCUACCUCCACGCCCAACAGGUGGAGUCCACAGCCCGGCUGGACUUCUUGUGGAAGCUGCAGGCCACCGAGGAGAAGGAGGAGAUGGAGGAGCUGCAGGCCUACAACCGGCGCCUCCUGCACAACAUCUUGCCCAAGGACGUGGCCGCACACUUCCUGGCGCGCGAGCGCCGCAACGACGAGCUCUACUACCAGUCCUGCGAGUGCGUGGCCGUCAUGUUCGCGUCCAUCAGCAACUUCUCCGAGUUCUACGUGGAGCUGGAGGCCAACAACGAGGGCGUGGAGUGCCUGCGGCUGCUCAACGAGAUCAUCGCCGACUUCGAUGAGAUCAUAAGCGAGGAGCAGUUCCGUCAGCUGGAGAAGAUCAAGACCAUCGGCAGCACCUACAUGGCCGCCUCGGGGCUCAACGACUCGACCUACGACAAGGCGGGUCGCUCCCACAUCCGGGCGCUGGCCGACUACGCCAUGCGCCUCAUGGACCAGAUGAAGUACAUCAACGAGCACUCCUUCAACAACUUCAAGAUGAAGAUCGGUCUCAACAUCGGUCCCGUCGUGGCGGGGGUCAUCGGCGCACGGAAACCCCAGUACGACAUCUGGGGCAACACGGUGAACGUGGCCAGUCGUAUGGACAGUACAGGGGUGCCAGAGAGGAUACAGGUGACCACGGACCUGUACCAGGUGCUGAACUCCUACAGCUACUCGCUGGAGUGCCGGGGUGUGGUGAAGGUGAAGGGCAAGGGGGAGAUGACUACCUACUUCCUCAACGGAGGGCCACCUGGGAGUUAACACCCACCCGGACACCAGAGGUGUGUGGGUGUGGUCAAAGCUGGGAGGCGGAGACACUCAGGCGGAGCCCCAGCCGCGGUCGACCUGUAGGAUGGUGUCGGACUGACGCGGACCCGCCCCCCUUCCGGAAGAACGCAAAACCACGCCUCGCCACAACAUGCCUACGUUCAGAUGGAUCCGGCCGGAGAAGCCGCGCCCUGUUCCGCAAAAAGGGGCGGGGCUUGGGUCAGAGGUCAUCGGCUUUUGCGGAGAGACCAAAGAAAUUUCCUACGGACCCCCACCCGCCCCAGAGGGAUGACCAGGGGGGAGGAGCCCCGGGCCGCAUCAGCGCGUGCGGUAGAAAGGAGACGGACACACACACGCGCGCGCACUCAGACACGCGCAGCGGGAGACGUCCUCCAGCAUCGCCGCGCGUGCAUCUCCAGCACCUGGAGUCAGUCGGGGCACAAAGACUGCACCGAUCGUACACACGUUUAUACAAUACGCAUACAUGAAUGUGACACCGUGAGUGUGUGCAUGUGCGUGUGCGUACACGUUGCCGGCGCGCACUUGUCAGCGCUACGCUGAAUGUUCCAUCCACACCGUGUCUUUACGCACGUCUCCUCGCAGGCGCCCGAUGGUACGAACGUGGUACGAACACGAGUUCUGGGGAAGGAAGGCGAGAGGAGAGCGCGUGUCGCCGGGGAACGAGGUCCGGAUGCCGCACCCCUCCAGCAAACAGCGCCCCCUAGCGGCAAUGUGGCUGGAGUUUCAUUUUGUAUUUUUUCCACUUAUUAUUUCUCAUCGGCGGAGCGACCCGGCGGAUACGCUGCGCCGGCGUACGUCGGUGCCGCCGUGGAGCUGGAGGUGCGGUACCUGACCAGGACCAGGCGGAACUGGGGGAAGAGGGUUGUUAGUUUGCGGUGAACAGACCCCCCCGUGCAGCAUGACUGUCGGAUGCACUUUUGCACAGCUGGCCCGUGGUCCUCGGACCCAGAACCAGCACCCGGUCGGCGCCAGAGGGAUUGUGGGAAACCCUCUUUCCGCUGGGGCAGGGGAAUGGGAAAGAGCUCAGUGCCUUUUCAGACACGCACAAGUCGAGCAGCGGCCUCGGCUGGUCGCGUGACGGUCGGGAGCCGACGCGGUGGGUUUGACCAGCGAAUGUCCGGUCCUCCGCUGUAGGACGACUUCUCUCGGACCCCUGUACUUCGGCCCACGCGCCCCCGCCCCCCCCAGCGUGGCUUUCGAGUAGACCUGACCUUUGACUCACUGUUUUUAUUUGAACAAGUGGGUAUCGGUGUAACCGCUGCCCAAGUGGGCAGGCAGGCAGCGGAACCUCAUGCCGCUUGGCCUCGUGAUCCUUUUUGUUACAGGUACCGCUAGAUCCAAGUGCCAACGCGAGCGUUCGAAUACGUUCGGCCAACGGUGUCGUUCGGCGGAGACGGUACCGCGGUUUUACUCUCGUUCUUCACGGAGUCCGGGUCGUGGGCGAGCGCCGCCCUUCCCUGCGUCCACCUCCUCCUGCUCCAUCGCGUCUUACCGACCUGCCCCCUCGGUGCCAAAAACCACGCUGCGGCAACAACUUCUUCUGUUUCUUCUUCUCGUUCUUUUAUUAAUCCAUCCAGCUAAAAGCGAACCGCGGGCGGAGGAUCCUUCCCGUCACGUCACCCAUCCAGGUCGUCGCCGCGCAGCUCUUUUAAACUCAUCUGCCAUUUUAAAACAAACACUACGCUGUUGUUUUUUAUUUAUUUAUUUUUUACAUCAAAUAAAGUGUUACAAUUAGUGUCAAACAAUGUCUGCUGUGAUUGCUGUACACACAAAAACAUGGGCCUUUCAAACACUUCUGAGUCAUUUUCUCAGAUGGAUCCUCGCACAAUGGGCCUUUCGCAGCUCAGUCAAAGCACUUCUAUUCACGGCAAAUUUGAAAACAAUUUUAAGCCUUUUCUGAUAUUUCAAAAGAAAAUAAAAACCAAACAUCCAGUGUGUUUACUUCCCUGUAGACGCCAAAUUGCCCUUCUUCUCACAGCUCCGCUUUAACGGCGACCUCGUGCCCUCUAGGGGGCACUGUUGCUUCUCGCGGUAAAACCCGGGCCGAGGGCGUCGCGUCGAGCCGAGCCGUUCCGGGCCGGAGAACGCGGAGAAGGUUGACGCCUCCGCUCGGAAAGGACGCGCGUGCCGCUCCCGCGGAGACUCGACACAUCUGUUCAAAGCCGCGGCACCUGGAACGGAGAGCAGCGGUGAUCCGUAGGCCUCUCGGCUUGGCCGGAACAUUCCGGAACGGCGCGGUACACUCGCAGGCUCAAAUCGUGGUAAAUGCGGGGUGUUCCUGCAGGAGAACCGCACCGCUCCUGCAUGGCUCUUCAUCAUGAUCGCCGAAUGGCCACGGGCUCAAACCAGUGGCGUGAAAAUCAGGACCGCGAGACUCUGGCAACCCGGAGCUCUUCGAGUCCCUCCGUAGA